CAGGAUAUCCUGUUACGUCGAGUUGCUAGGAGCAAUGAGAACGGCGUAGCGCAGAUGUCGAUUACGAAAAUAAGGCACUAGUUUGCCAAAAAUUCGUUUCAUUUUGUCGCUGAGCAUUUCGUACAAAAUGGCAACGGAGACAAUUCGCUUUCCGGAGAUUAAUACUCACAGUAUUUAUGCUGGUAAAUUCAAGGAUAUGACGCCGUCCAUCAAAGCGGCUGGAAAGCUGACCUCUACUGGUGAUACUGUAGAAAUUUGUUUAAAGCCUCCAGACAAAAGACCGGAAAGUGCUAGCAUUAUAAGAAGAUUCCGAGCUACAUUCCGUCCAGAUGUUGGAGUGUCUCGAGUAUUUUAUGGCAAAACUUAUGACCCACAGCUUAAAUGGGCAGCAGAAAUGCGACAUGGAGUCAAUACUCAUCCAUCAUUAACAUCUGGAGAGCUUGUUCACCCAAGACCAAAGACAGUGUUCCAGCAGAAAAUUAUAGAUAGAAAGGAGAGUGCAUAUGCAUCACAUGUCCGUGCACCACUAGGGGUAUCAUAUGACCAGUCCCCUGGAUUGCCAAAUAAUCUAGACACAGUUAAACACACAUUUGGUAUUCCUAGUAAUAAAGAUUUACCAGCAGGUGAAAUCAUCAACCCCAACAAGACAUAUGCAGAGGUUGAACAAGAAUCAGAGGUUGGACAUGACAUGUAUGUUUUCUCUCACAAAGACUACCACACAGGAGAGCAUGUCAAUCGUAGUUACUAUGUACCCCAGUACAAUUCCAGUGCUAAAUUUGGCAAGCCAACCCCACAUGAAAAUGAUGGAAGAAAAACAUGGCAGUCAAUGAAGUGGGCCUGUGAGACGGACAAAGAUGUAGCUGCACAUAUAAUUUCCAAAAGACUUGAUGACUUCCGAGAGAAGACACAGUCACAAAUAGGUCAAGGUCUUGACCCCAUUAAGGAUACUUUGAACGUGGGUCCAGACCAUACAUUUGGCCUCCUAAUCAAGCCUGAUGAGUAUGGGGCUGGGGACUUGGUGCACAACCGGGUGCCUGGUAAAUACCUACGUGGGAGAGACUGGCAGCGAGGCUUGGUAGCUGCUAUGAGACAACAGCUAAAAAAGUUCAACUAUCAACACUUUGCUGACCUCAUUCAUUCUUUCCAGUUCUAUGAUAAGGAAGGUAAAGGGAAAAUUGAUAUCGAAGACUUACGUAUGGCUUGUGAAAAGUUUGACCUCCCAGUUGAUACCUGGCUUCUGGAGCAAGUGAUAGACUACUGUGAUGUUGACAGAGAUGGAAAAAUUGAUUAUAUUGAAUUUUCCAAUUUUCUUAACUGGAAAGACAGGCUUCCACAGGGAUUUGCCUUUGUGUCAGGCAAACCUGUCUUAGAGGAGGCCCCAAAAGAUGUCAUUGGCAAAUACAAGCUAAACCUUUCUGGUGUUGGUGACUCAAAGCCACUUAGUCCGAAGGGUGUGGAGGAAACCCCCCGGCGUCUACAAAAGCAGAUCGACCAUGCUAUAGGCCAGCACCAUACCAGUGCAGGCAUGAUAAAUGCUGUUGUUGGUCCAGAUGGAAUUGAUACAAGAUUUUUCCGCACAUAUGGAAUACCUAGCAUUCGUGCUGACCUUCCUGCCCCACGACUUCGGCGCCUUAAUGACAUGCUAAACUAUGGAGACGAAAGUAGUGCUUAUGGUUUGACCAACCCAUCUAUCUACAGCCAGCAUGGUGUCUAUGAGAAGGAGCUGCUUAUCCCACGAACAUCAGAAGAACUGAAGGAGAUUUUUGGAAGUAUGAACGUUCAUAUGACAGGUGACAUAUUUGAGACCCUUUACAAAGAGAUCGCUUCCCAGCACCCUAAAGGUCAUGUAAGUGUGGAGGCUUUUCGUAAUGCCUUGGAUGAGUUUGUUACAGCCCAGAUUGUCAACGAUGUGCAUCCUCUAUCAGUUUGAUAUACCAUAUGAAGUAUGCUAUCAUAUCUCUCAACAGCAGUCUCACACUUAAGACAUAUGGCAUCAACUGAGUCCUCCAGUAAUUCCCUGCAGACUUACAAUUUGCUGUGAUGAAACAGUUUAAGAUUUAUAAAAAAAAAGCUAAUUACAAAACAAGAAUGAAAGUAGUAAACUAAUAAAUAUGUAGAAUGAUUGUAUAUAUGUUGUACCAACUGAAAUAUUGGACAUAGUAGACUAAAUUUUGAAAAUAAAAAAUCCUAAGAUUGUGGAUAUUUGAGAUUUGAUCAUAAAUUUAAUGAAAACUUAAAAUAGUAAAGUUUUAAGAGGACAAAAUGUAAUAUUCUUGAAGAUCUUGUUGAUGUACACAUUUCACUGGCAUCUGUGCUAAAUUUUGUUAAAGACAAUUUCCGUCUACUUGUGGCUUGGUGAAUCUUUUGACAUCUUUAUGAAUAAUAAUAAUUAACAUGAAAAUCCCAAGGGUAUUCACGUUAAUGCCAGCAUUUGACACCAAUAAUAUUCACUUUCUUUUAUGCUCAGUUUUGUGUGGAAUGCAUCAAAGAAUACCCACAGCAUUAACCUUCUAUGAUUGCUUAAAAUUAAUAUAAGAUUAUUCAGUCAGCAUUACCUUUGUUAUUAUUCUUUCACUGUUGUGCUCACAAGAGGCCAUACUUAAACAGGAGGUAUAUAGCUACUUUCUGGGUGCCUUUACUUCUGGUUAAUUUUCAUGGUUUAAGAGGCUGCAGGUGCCAUAGCUUUGGGCUGAGUGCAAGACUGGGAAUUUUGGUCUUUAGCACCAGGAAUAUCUUAUUUCUCUUGUCUAAUACUACCACUAUGGCAGAUGUAGCUGUUGUCUGAACGUUCAUCAGCAUUACAAAUAACUGGAAGUUUUACAACCAUUUUUCAUUUAGAUUUUGUAAACCAGUAUUACAUUUUUAUUAUUUUGAUAUCCAGCAUUAGAGAUGCCUGAAGCUGAGUGCAACUUAUUCUUCAGCAAGGCUUGGCUAUAACCAGCAGCAUUAUAAAUGUGCAUUUUUAAAGCACCAUUAACAUUAAGCAACUUUGACUGUUGCUCGUGUGUAUGUGUGAUGUAUGUAUAAGUGUUUUUACAUAUACUGGAUCAAAUAAUGUUUUAUUAAAUAGUAUACUGUAUAUAUACAUCAGUUAUAAGUGAUGGAGUCUUUCCCUUUCUUUCUUGUUACUUUUUUCUACUGAACAUGGGAACUUUUCACAUAUCUUUACACUGUGAUAAAUACAGAGAUUAUAUGCAUCAAAAUAUUGUCAUGUGAUGCACUGGAAUAUUUAUAACUCCAGGUUUUUUUUAAUACAUAGGAAUAUAAUUAUAAAUUAUUAUGCCAUUUGGCCAUGAUAGCUGAUUAGUGUCUAGGCUUAUCUUGGAAUAAAUAUCUUUUAUCAUAA